UCCAAUUUUUCCAGUUCAGUCCCAGAUUUGAUUGAUUGUCAGUUUUAAAGGGAAUGAAUUAUUUCAAUCAUUAUCAUUCUCUAUAAUUGAUCAAGGAUUAUAAGUCAAUUAUUAUAUGGAAGAUCACCUUAAACCAUUCAGCUUCAUAGUGCUUGAGAGAUAACCAACAUCAAUUCAUCACUUCUUUUGGUUUUGUCCUUCUCUUCCCCUUUCUUUCCCUUGCCUUCCCUUCCCCACUGACCUCGUUGCUACAACUACCAUUUCAAAUCAACCUUUAUAUGGGAUUCAAUCAUAUAUAAUCACUAUCAUCAUAUAUCAUAUCACAUAACAUAACAUCCCCAUCACAAUGGUUAGUAUAGCUUCAUCAUCUACUACUCAACAACAUCAGAAAUCAAGUUAUGUUAAAACUAAAAAAGGAUUAUCUUAUGUAUUGGGGGAUUCUAUAAAUACUGAAAAUCAUAUCUUACCCAUCAAUGCCAUUCAAUAUUCUUCCUAUACUAAUGAUGUUUAUACUGCAGGUAGAGAUGGUACUGUCAAAGUAUGGCGAAACAGUCAUAAGAAUAACUCUGUCUCUUCCAAUAAAGAUAGUAUAGAUAUGCCACUUCGAACCACUCAUGAAGUUGAAUUUGAAUUUGAUAAUGAAAAUGAUGACGAUAAUAAUGAUGAUUACCAAGGUAUUGAUGAAAAGAUUCUAAAAUUAGAAACUUCCAUAUCUUCCAACCCAGUUCCAUAUCGAUUAAAAUCAUCUUCAAAAGAUAAUUCCAAUAGUACACUUUCAUUAUCUGAUACGGUCAAUAAAUUCACAAUUCAAGAUAGUUAUAAUAUCUAUUUUGAUUGGAUAAAUGAUUUGAAAUUGGUCAAUAAUGAUCGAGAUUUAGUCUCUUGUUCAUCUGAUUUAUCCAUCAAAUUAAUCAAUUUACCUAAUGAAUCAGAUGGUGUAUCAUUACCUACCACUUCUAGUUUAAUUCAUAAACGUACUCAUAGUAGUAAUAAUGGUAAUGGUACUAGCGGAUCACAUAAUUUAAAUGCAUCAGUUCAUAAAUUCUCAAACACUCAUACCGAUUAUAUCAAGAAAUUAUCUUACUUUAAAGAAUCAAAUCAUUUACUUUCAGGUGGGUUGGAUGGAAAUAUUUAUAUUUGGGAUUUAUUAAACUUGAAACCAAUUCAACAAAUCAGUAAUUCAAGUUUAUCAGAUAGUACAAGUCUUCCAUCUUCCAUCUAUGCAUUGGCUAAUAAUGAAUCGAAUUUAAUCAGUAGUGGUGGUUCAAACAAUACCAUUAAUUUAUUCGAUAGAAGAUCUUCUAAUCCAUAUGUGAGGAAAUUAAUCGGUCAUCAAGAUAAUAUCCGAUGUUUAUUAAUGAAUGAUCACUAUAUAUUAAGUGGAUCAUCUGAUACUAGUAUAAAACUUUGGGAUUUAAGAAAUUUCAAAGUUUAUAAAAAUUUCGAUAUUCAUGAUUUCCCCGUAUGGUCAUUAAUAUCGGAAACUCCUGGUAAUGUUCAUAAAUUCUAUAGUGGUGAUAAAGGAGGUAAUGUCUUAAAGACAGAUAUAUCAUUUUUAAGUAAUUUAGUAUCGGAUGACGAAUUAUUUCAUGGGUAUGAAACUUUCACAGCUAAUGACAAUUCCAUCAUUGAUGAAAAAUUAGGAGUAUCAACAUUAGUAGCUAAAGCCAAUUCACCAAUCUUAGCAUUAUGUCAUGAAUCAAGAGACGAUACUAUAUUUGCUUCCCAUUAUGAAUCCUUGAAUCGAUAUAUUAAUCCUGAUAUAGAUCAAGUUUCAAAAUAUCAAUAUUUAAGAACAUGUUUGGAUUAUUCUAUAAAUCGAGAAAAUCAAAUCAAUGAUGAAAUGGCGUCGGGAUUCGUAGCUGACGAUAAUGUGAAUCAAGGUGGUGGUGGUACAGGUGGUGAUGAUUUAAAUUCUGAUUUUUAUGAUUUAAUCAGUCAUUUAUCAAUGGAUACUUAUACCAAUGAUCUUCAAUCUACAUUUUCACAUUCUCAUUCUCAUCAUAAUCUUUUUGAUGUGGGUACACCUCCCAUGGAUAAAUAUUUGGAUUCAGAUAGUGAAAGUAAUCUAAGUGAUAUGGAUGACGAAUAUACUUCAAUAUUCCUCAAUGUUAAUGGAGGUCCCUCCAAAGAAUUCAUCAAUACUUUCAAAGAAGAAAUCCCCUAUGGAAAUAAUUCAAAUUCAAAUACUAAUCUUCCAAAACUUCAAUAUGUCUCUACGAUAAAUUCCACUGAACCUUGUAUAAAUGAUAAAUUUGUCGAUGAUACCCCCGUUGAAAUACUUUUAAAUCCUAUCCCAGCUGAACAUAUCACAUUAGUCCCAUUCAAUAUCAAACCCUUGAAUGAAAUCAAAAUCACUCCUAAAUCAAUCAUAUCGAAACGAUUCUACAAUAAUAAAAGAGAAAUGUUGGUAUUGUAUCUUAAUGGAGAUAUAAAAAUCUGGGAUGUAUUAAUGUGUAAAGAAGUUCGAAGUUUCCCCAUUGAUCCAAGUUUGAAUUUACUGAUGCUUAAUAGUAAAGAUCUUGAUUUAAGAAUGAAAGAUAUGGAUGCUAUUUUCCAAAAAUUUCAAUCAUCCGAUACGUUGAAUAAUUGGAGUGAUGUUGAAAUCAAAGCUGGGAAAUUAUUGGUCACUAUUAAGGAAUCAUCAUUUAUGAAUGUCGAACUUUAUUAUGAUGAUUUAGUUAAAAGUUAUCCAUUCUUAGCAUUGGAUCAUCCUGAAAGUACGUUUUACAAUUAUAAAUCUCAAGUAAAUGUUAGUAUUGAUGAUAGAUUCUAUGUUGGUUCAAUCUUUUUCAAUUCAAUCUUUUAUCAAUAUGCUUUAUUAGAAUGGGAAUUUGAUAAAUUAGUUCGUGAAGAAAUGAGACAAUUAAAGAAGAAUAAUCGUAAUUUAAAUAAUACUCCAAUAUCAGAUGAACCAAUGGCUGAAACGGCUUCUGUGUCAGGUAGUUUAAGAAGAUUGAAAUUCUUAGGAAGGAAAUCUUCAAAAUCAAAUUUAUCAUCAACAUCUUUACAAGGAAGUCCUGCUCCUUCAACCAAUACCAGUAUUAAUGAAUUCAAUGUUCCGGAAAAUCCUCUUAGUGAAUUUCUUAAUUUCGUGGAAGAUUCCAGACAAAAUUAUGAUAACUCAAUUAUGAAAUUAUUACAAACGAAUAGAAAAGUAUAUUGGGAUAAAUACAAUCAUCCAACUUAUAACACAUCCAAAGGAAAAGCCAUUGAUACAGUAUUACAUGUCGAUGCCAUUGAUCCAGCCUUAACACCAGAAGCAAGCAGCAACAAUAAUGAAAUUGUUUAUAGUCCCAUCAUCAAUGGAUCAAGAUUACCUCCUCAUUUAUUAAUCAUUGUGUUUGAACAUUCACCUGAAUUAGGAAAUUAUCGUGAUUUAUGUAGUUUCCAAUUAAGUGAUUUACAAAAAUUAAAUAUCAAUUCCCCCUUGGUUAAUGAUCUCAGAAUGCAUUUACCUAGAUGGAUAGGUAAUCCAUUAUUAUAUAAUCGUUAUCCUACUAAAGAUAGUCCAAAGAUUGCCUUUCAAUUAUUUGAAUGUGAUUAUGGUACUUUACCUGCUAAUAAGAAAAUUGGAGGUAAAACACAACGGAAAAUCAAGAAAUUACCAGUAUUGGAAAGUUCAAUUAAACUCACUAGUCAUAGUAUGUUAAGAGUUGGUAAGAUAAUAGUAUAUUUAACUGAGAAAUUUGAAUCCAAGACUUCAGAAAUGAAAGAUAAGAAAAUAACUCCUACAGAUUGGCUUGUGUUGGAAUGUAAAGGUCAAGAAUUACCAAUUGAUAUGACUUUACAAACGAUUAAGACCAAGAUAUGGAAGUCAAGUGCUGAUAUUGAAUUAUACUUUAGAAGAAAAUUUGAUGUAUAAAAUAUAAAUAGUUAUUAAUAGAUUUAUUAAAACCAAAGUUAAUUUUGACUUGUAGCUUUUCACGUGAUCAAGUUUUUUUUUAGUGGUUUUUUUUUUUUGAACCUU